AAAAUGGCAGCAACUCAACAUUAGCACCCAAUUCAACUCAGCCACGUUAGGUAAAUAAAACUCACAAAUCCCACCUGGCAGUCUUAGAAAUUCAAACAGAAAAUAGACCGUAGAGGAUCGAAUUCGAAGAAGUAAGCGAGCACUUAUGGGAAGAGAGACGGGCGGCCCUCGUGAAUCGAUCCCUUUUUUUUUUCUUAAUUAAUUUAUUAGAACAUUGAUGAUUUAACCAAAAAAUCCGUGAGGAGAUAAGAUAAAGAGAGAGAGAGCAAUGGCUACUACUAGUUCACAUUUCUCACCGACGUCGCAUUGGUGCAGCAAUGGCAGUUCAAUAUCAAGAUUGGUCGAUUUUGGAUCAAAAUGGAGGAGGAAGCAGCAGCUCUUCUCCAUGAAUUCGCGUCGUGUGGUAAAAAGGAGGUCGGUCUCGGUCAGUAUUAAGAAUGUGUCAAGUAGCGAACCUAAGCAGAAACUCAAAGAUGAUGCUCUCAUCGAAGAAGAAGAAGUCCCAAGAAUUUUGAAUCCUUCCACUCCAAAUGCUUCAUCUAUUGCCUCGAGUAUCAAAUACCAUGCAGAAUUCACACCGUUGUUUUCUCCGGAGCGAUUUGAGCUUCCCAAGGCUUACUAUGCUACUGCACAAAGUGUCCGUGAUGCUCUCAUUAUAAAUUGGAAUUCAACAUACGAGUCUUAUGAGAGGUUAAAUGCAAAACAGGCAUAUUAUCUAUCAAUGGAAUUUCUACAGGGUAGAGCACUGUUGAAUGCCAUUGGUAAUUUAGAGCUGACUGGUGCUUAUGCAGAGGCUUUGAGCAAGCUUGGGCACAGCCUAGAAAAUGUGGCUUGCCAGGAGCCUGAUGCUGCACUUGGAAAUGGGGGUCUUGGGCGACUUGCGUCCUGCUUUUUGGACUCGUUGGCAACGUUAAAUUACCCAGCAUGGGGCUAUGGAUUAAGAUACAAGUAUGGCUUAUUUAAACAGCAGAUUACAAAAGAUGGUCAGGAGGAAGUUGCUGAAGAUUGGCUUGAGAUGGGCAAUCCCUGGGAAAUUCUUAGAAAUGAUAUCUCAUAUCCUAUAAAAUUUUACGGCAAGGUUGUCUCUGGAUCAGAUGGGAAAAAACACUGGAUUGGUGGAGAAGAUAUUAAGGCUGUGGCAUAUGAUGUCCCAAUACCGGGAUAUAAAACUAAAACCACUAUUAACCUUAGACUUUGGUCAACAAAAGCUCCAUCAGAAGAUUUGGACUUAUAUGCUUUUAAUGCAGGAGACCACACCAAAGCAUAUGAGGCCCUCUCAAAUGCUGAAAAGAUUUGCCACGUUCUUUACCCUGGGGAUGACUCACUGGAGGGCAAGAUUCUUCGGUUGAAGCAACAAUAUACCUUGUGUUCAGCUUCUCUCCAAGAUAUCAUAUCAUGUUUUGAGAGAAGAUCAGGAUCGAACAUAGAUUGGGAAAAAUUUCCAGAGAAAGUUGCAGUGCAGAUGAAUGACACUCAUCCCACACUGUGCAUCCCUGAGUUGAUGAGAAUUUUGAUAGAUUUGAAAGGUUUAAGCUGGAAGGAGGCCUGGAAUAUCACUCAAAGAACUGUGGCAUACACAAACCAUACUGUUCUACCAGAGGCUUUGGAGAAAUGGAGUCUAGAACUUAUGCAGAAACUACUACCACGACAUGUUGAGAUCAUUGAAUUGAUUGAUGAAGAGCUGAUUUGCACCAUAGUAUCAGAGUAUGGUACCGAAGAUUCCGAUUUGUUGGAGAAGAAACUGAAGGAAAUGAGAAUAUUAGAAAAUGUUGAUCUCCCUUCAGCUUUUGCAGAGUUGAUUGUUAAGCCUAAGCAAAGCUCUGUGGGUGUUACCAGUGAGGAAUUAGAAAAUUCUGAUGAAGAAACCAAGCUAGUUUAUAAUUCUGAAGAAGAAACUCUCUCUAAGAGAGCUAAUGAUUUUGAAGAAGAAACUAAGAGAGCUAAUGAUUUGGAAGAAGAAACUAAGAGAGCUAAUGAUUUGGAAGAAGAAACUAAGAGAGCUAAUGAUUUUGAAGAAGAAAUGGAGCUGGUUGAUGAAAAAGAUGAAUCCAAAAGCAAAGUAACUCAGAAGAAGGAGAAGAUAAUGGCAGAACCACCCCCUAAACCACCAAAGAUGGUCCGUAUGGCUAAUCUUGCUGUUGUGGGUGGUCAUGCAGUAAAUGGAGUUGCUGAGAUACAUAGUGAAAUAGUCAAGGAUGAAGUAUUUAAUGCAUUUUAUAAGUUGUGGCCAGAUAAGUUUCAAAAUAAGACAAAUGGGGUUACACCAAGAAGAUGGAUUCAUUUCUGCAAUCCAGGUUUGAGUAAAAUUAUUACUGACUGGAUUGGCAUGGAUGAUUGGGUUUUAAAUACUGAAAAACUGGCAGAACUAAGAAAGUUUUCCGAUAAUGAGGACCUCCAAGUGCAGUGGAAGGCAGCCAAAAGGAGCAACAAGAUGAAGGUGAUAUCAUUCCUCAAAGAAAAGACAGGAUAUUCUGUUAGCCCUGAUGCAAUGUUUGAUAUCCAGGUGAAACGUAUUCACGAGUACAAGCGACAAUUACUGAAUAUUUUGGGAAUUGUUUACCGCUACAAGAAGAUGAAAGAAAUGACUGCUGCAGAAAGGAAAGCUAAGUAUGUUCCACGAGUUUGUAUAUUUGGGGGAAAAGCAUUUUCUACAUAUGUGCAAGCCAAGAGAAUAGUGAAAUUUAUCACAGAUGUUGGGGCUACAGUUAAUCAUGAUCCAGAAAUAGGUGAUUUACUGAAGGUUGUUUUUGUCCCUGAUUACAAUGUCAGUGUUGCUGAAUUGCUUAUUCCUGCAAGUGAGCUCUCACAGCAUAUCAGUACUGCUGGGAUGGAAGCCAGUGGAACAAGCAAUAUGAAGUUUGCAAUGAAUGGUUGUAUCCUUAUUGGGACCUUAGAUGGCGCCAAUGUUGAAAUCCGAGAAGAAGUAGGAGAAGACAACUUCUUUCUCUUUGGUGCUAGAGCUCAUGAAAUUGCAGGGCUAAGGAAAGAGCGAGCUGAUGGGGAGUUUGUCCCAGACCCAAGUUUUGAAGAAGUGAAAGAUUUUGUCAAAAGUGGAGUUUUUGGGCCUUGCAACUAUGAUGAACUUAUAGGAUCAUUAGAAGGAAAUGAAGGUUUUGGCCGUGCAGAUUAUUUCCUAGUGGGCAAGGACUUCCCCAGUUACAUAGAAUGCCAAGAGGAGGUCGAUAAAGCAUACCAUGACCAAAAGACAUGGACGAAGAUGUCAAUCAUGAAUACAGCAGGCUCGUACAAGUUCAGCAGCGACAGGACCAUUCAUGAAUAUGCCCGAGAGAUUUGGAAUAUCGAACCUGUCGAAUUGCCAUAAACGUGUUGCUAGCUGAAGCGGUGGUGGUAACCCACCCUUGGGAUGGUUUUUAUCUUUUGGUAUUACUAGAUAAUGUAAAGGAAAUUGCAUCAGCUGUAGUUUCUAGUUAUCAUCACAAAAUAAAAAAGAAUAAUGGUGUAUUGUACUUGUAGUUCACCUUCAUAGUACUAAAGAAAUAAAGAAUCUGUUUCUCA